ACCGACACGAGCCCCACCCGCACGGCCGCACAACAACAAGCGCGCACCAAUGGCGGCCGCCGGGAACGGUGAGACCGCGUCGCCGCCGCAGCAGGAGCCGGCGCCGGUGCCGGCGGAGGGAGCGACCUCUGGAGGCGGCGUGAUCGCGAAGCUGGAGGAGCAGUUGCGGAAGACGAAGGAGCACGCCGAGACGUACCCCUACGUGUGGGGAUCCUACAUCCUCGUCUACGGCGGCCUCGGCGCUUACCUCGCCUGGCGCUGGCGCAAGCUCCGCCGCACCGAGGACCGCGUCCGCGUCCUUCAGGACCGGCUCCGUAAGCUCGCCGCAGCCGAGGAGUCGCAGACCGCCUCCGGCUCCGCUUCCACUGCCCCGACCCCUCCGCCGCCGCAGCAGCCGGCUGCCGGCCCCCCCAAGCCCGCCCCCGGCCCGUGACUGGGAGACUAGCAGUGCACCGCAUGAUCCUCUGGAUAAGUUGACAGAAAGAGCUCAACCAACACACCUAAUGUUCCUGCUAAUUUCUAGAACCCGCAACCUAACAUUGUCUGUUGUGAACUAUCAAGUAGGUUGGUAUGAAGUUCAGUUGUGGAAAUCAAACUGCUCGGCCUCAAUUUUGUGCCUUAAAAUAUUGCACUUACCUAUAGUUGGCAUCCGUAGCUUCAUUGUUUUACAAAUUUCAGGAUCAAGUCAUGUGAAACCAUCUUGACAUUUGUCUUGCGCUAUCUUUUCUUCUUCUUUUUCGUAACUAUACUACUAUGUACUGUUGUUGAAUAGUUUGCUCGUUGCAUUAUUGGUUAUCGCCGCUGUUGUUCUGAAUCUUGAAAGAGUUUCAUUUAACUGUGCAAUGUGAUCAUUGUACAGUUGAGAUUAUACUAGUCCUCCAUUUUCCUUUGACAUGCUCAUACUCUGUUUUCUUUUAACCAUGCAAUACUCUGCUAUAGCUUUUACUUGGGUUCUCCAAAUCAGAAAUCCUGCCUUGUUUGCCUGUUAUUGUUAGCUGUGCUCAUAGCAUUAGCCUACUAAGAUUCAAGAAGCACUCGGAAUUGUAGAAAUUAAUUCCAUUUGGACUCUCGUAAGAAGAUAUUAUUUUCAAUUUAUCAUACCUGACACUCGAUCUUAAUAUGGUUCCUCGCCCAUUCUCCACUGUCUCAUAAUGUGAAUCU